UAUAGAUCUAUGGAGCGCGCAUAUGUGCUCGGCUAAUCUUGCGCAUGCGCACUAACUCAUAACCUGUGUACGAGCCAGUCUCAACAUUUCCACUGUUUUCCCUAAUGUAAGAGACUUAAAAUAAUCAUGAAAACAAGAUAUACGACGGCGGACAUCCGGGCUGCUAUUGCCGAGAUAAACGCCAAUUUCAUGGGCAUGAGGGUGAACAACGUGUACGACAUAGACAACAAGACGUACCUCAUCCGGCUACAAAAGCCUGACAGCAAAGCCAUUAUCCUGCUGGAAUCCGGCAUCCGAAUCCACUCCACAGACUUCGAAUGGCCCAAGAAUAUGAUGCCUUCAGGCUUUGCUAUGAAAUGUCGCAAGCACCUGAAGACACGACGACUAACGUAUGUAAAGCAGCUCGGCAUCGACAGAAUCGUUGACCUCCAGUUUGGCUCCGAGGAGGCCGCGUACCACCUCAUUGUGGAACUCUACGACCGGGGUAACGUCAUUCUCACAGACCACGAGUACACCAUCCUCAACCUGCUGCGUUUCCGCAACGCCGAGGCCGAAGACGUCAAGAUCGCCGUGAGGGAACGCUACCCCGUGGAGAACGCCAGACCCCCAGAACCCCUCAUCUCGUUGGAACGACUCACUGAAAUCAUCAGCAAAACACCAAAUGGAGAGCAAGUGAAAAGAGUGCUGAACCCACAUCUUACUUAUGGAGCUACUCUCAUAGAGCACUGUUUCAUAGAAGCUGGACUGUCAGGCUCAAUGAAAGUUGACAGUCAAGUUGAUGCUUCCCAAGUUGCACCGAAAAUCCUGGAAGCCUUGCAAAUGGCCGAGAUCUACAUGGAGAAAACGAAUAACUUUAGCGGCAAAGGCUACAUCAUUCAAAAAAGUGAAAAGAAAGCAAGUUUAACUCCUGGGAAAGCCAGCGAAGAGCUUCUCACCUAUGACGAAUUCCACCCGUUCCUCUUUGCUCAGCAUUUAAAAAGUCCCUACCUGGAGUUUGAGUCCUUCAACAAGGCGGUGGAUGAGUUCUUCUCCAAGAUGGAGAGCCAGAAGAUCGACAUGAAGGCUUUGCAGCAAGAAAAACAGGCCUUAAAGAAGCUGGAGAACGUCAAGAGGGACCACGAGCAGCGGCUGGAGGCCUUGCAUCAAGUUCAGGAAGUUGACCGUGUGAAAGGCGAGCUAGUAGAGAUGAACUUGGCCGUGGUGGAGAGGGCGUUGCAGGUGAUCCGGAGCGCGCUGGCCAACCAGGUGGACUGGACCGAGAUCGGCGUGCUGGUCAAAGAGGCGCAGGCCGCCGGCGACCCUGUGGCAUGCGCCAUCAAAGACCUCAAGCUACAGACUAACCACAUCACCAUGCUUUUAAAGAAUCCUUACAUCGCUGAGGAGGAAGAGGAAGAGCUGGAUGAAGCUUUGAAAGAGGCCGUGCAACAGAAGAGCAAGAAAAACAAAAAUAAAGACAAAGGUCAGAACAAGAAGCUGCAGAAGAACAAGCCCAUGCUGGUAGAUGUAGAUCUCAGCCUUUCAGCCUACGCCAACGCCAAAAAGUACUAUGACUGCAAACGGAGUGCUGAAAAAAAAGAACAGAAAACCAUCCAAGCAGCAGAUAAGGCCAUGAAAUCGGCAGAGAAAAAAACCCAGCAAACCCUUAAAGAGGUCCAGACAGUGACCACCAUUCAGAAGGCUAGGAAAGUCUACUGGUUUGAAAAGUUCCUUUGGUUCAUCACGUCAGAGAACUACCUUGUCAUCGCCGGGCGGGACCAGCAGCAGAACGAAAUGAUCGUCAAGCGAUACCUACGGGCCGGUGACAUAUACGUCCACGCUGACCUCCACGGUGCCACCAGCUGCGUCAUCAAAAAUCCCUCAGGUCUUCCUAUCCCCCCUCGCACUCUAACCGAGGCAGGUACGAUGUCAGUGUGCUACAGUGCUGCUUGGGAUGCCAAGAUAGUCACUAGCGCUUGGUGGGUCCAUCAUCAUCAGGUGUCCAAGACUGCACCUACAGGAGAGUACCUGACCACUGGAAGCUUCAUGAUAAGAGGAAAGAAAAACUACCUGCCGCCUUCCUACUUGAUUAUGGGCUUCGGCUUCCUCUUUAAGGUAGACGAGCACAGCGUGUUCCGCCACAAAGGCGAGCGCAAGGUGAGGACGGUGGAGGAAGACGUGGAGGAAAUGGCGUCCAGAACGGCCGAGUUGUUGGAGGAAGGAGAGGAGCUCAUUGGCGAGGAUAGCAGUGGAGAGGAUAAGAAAGAGGAAAUCCAGGCUGAAAACGGCGAUGAAAAACAAGCAGAGGGGACGGCGGACUCUGACAGCGAAGAUGAAGUCGACGAGAAGACGACGAAAGAGGAACCCAGCGUGGGAUUGAGUUACCCGGACACCACCAUCACUCUUACUCACCUUCAACCCAACAGGAGCUCCAAGAAUGUCACAGUCAACAAAGAAGACGCAACUCAGGAUGACGGCGACACGCAAGGGCGGAAGCACAUGACGGCGAAACAGAGAAGAGAUGAGAAGAAGAAGAAGCACAAACAGGAAGUAAGCGAACCAGAAGAGAAGACUGAGGUUGUGCCCGCAGAACAAGAAGUGGACAAAGGAUCCAAAAGUGGUGGCGGAGCAUCCCAGCAGCCACUCAAGAGAGGCCAGAAGAACAAGCUAAAGAAAAUAAAGAAGUACAAGGACCAGGAUGAAGAAGAUCGGGAGCUCAUGAUGCAGCUGCUCGGGUCGGCCGGCACGAACAAGGAGGAGAAGGACAAAGGAAAGAAAGGAAAAAAAGGGAAGGGUAACGAGGAGCCCUCUAAAAAGCCGCCAGUUCAGAAGCCCCCUCUCAAACCUCGACAAGUGGUGACCAACGCCAAGAAACCGGAGCAGACGGCCGUAGAGGGUGAGGAGGCGGCUCCUGCAGAGCUCGAUGAGAAGGACGACGACGCGGAUCCGGACAACCCCGGUGCAGAGGAAGCUGAAAACCUUCUCACCUCACUGACGGGCCAACCUCACCCAGAAGACACGCUGAUGUUUGCGGUGCCGGUGUGCGCCCCAUACAGCGCGCUCUCCAACUGCAAGCACAAAGUGAAACUGACGCCAGGCUCUCAAAAGAAAGGCAAAGCCGCCCGUACGGCACUUUUGAGCUUCAUGAAAUCCAAGGAGGCUUCGGUGAGAGAAAAGGACUUGCUACGCAGCGUCAAGGACGCCGACCUGUCCAGAAACAUGCCUGGCAAAGUCAAAGUGUCUGCUCCUAACCUGCUGGCUGCCAAGAGGAAAUAAAGAGCUACUUUUAAAUAUUUUUACAAAACGGACCUCAAUUAAUGACUUGAACUGGAAAAAAUCGAAAAUGUCUCAGGGUGCACCAAUCACAAUCAUCCAGCUGACUGCCAAUCUUGGUUCUUGCCGAUCCCUAUUGAUGAUGGCUGGAUUAAAAGAAAAAGUCUUUGGUUUGUUUUCCUCCAAAGGUGUGAAGUUCUUCAUGGUUGAACAUUUCCAUGGAGAGUGUUUUUCGACAUUUCCGCAUGAUCGUUUGAACGGGCGCCAUGUAUACACGUCAACCGAGAGGUGUCAGGCGAAAUGCAAAGUCCAAACGCUUUGCAAAAGGAAAAAAGCACCAAUGCAAACUGCCACAACACGAUCCCCAAGUCCUAAAGCGCGAUUGCAAAUUGGCAAAAGCACGAACCCCAAUUGCCAUAACACGACAGCAAACUGCUUGCAGCCAAAUGCAAAAGGCUCGCAAGAUGACCCAUAAGUUUAAAAAAAAAGGCGACACUUUGUAUAUUGCUACAUGUGCUUUGUGACCAUCUCUACGGAGCUCCGUAAGGUUGCCCCAACCCCAUUAGACGCAAAUUCAUAUGAAAAUGAUUUCAAUCGUUUCUGCUGCAACGGUUUUGUAGAUAAAGUAUUAUGCUUUUUGAGAUAUUAAUUUCGAACGGUGAUGUCACUUGUAGCUUUUCCUUCGCUUAGGUCCUGCGGCUAAUGGAGCAUACCAACUCUCAACACCCAAUAUAAAAUAACAUAGUUUAAGGAAAACAAGCAGAAUAUAUUUGACAUAGGGUAUAAGAGAUACAUGACGCCUUCUUACCAAGGAAGCCCAACGCGUGAGUCAUGCAGCUGACUGAGCAAUAUGGACGCUGACAACCAGGUAAUAGGCAAAACAUCAACACCAAAUUCCGCAAUCAGCUCUUCAGGACAGUCCAGAAAAAAUGGCGGAACAUCCUGUCCUAAAAAAAAGGAACACCGGAGAACGCCCGAUAUCGAGCUGAUAACAUGACUGGUAAGACUCCAAGCGCCCCUUUGACGCUGAGGCGGGCAAAAUCUCCCAUUGUGAUAGAAAAUUAUUCUAAACAACGGCCAAACACACCCUACUUCCGGACCACGGCCCGCCUCACCAGAUUUCACGGGAACCUUUUGUUGACUUGUGAUAUGGUGACCCCAGAACGAGUCUGCCUCCUUGCCUGGGUCUGUUGCUGUUUGACCGUUGCCGACCUGAAUAAAUUGUCAACUUGUGUUUCGAAGCUUUUUUCCAGCUUUCAAAAUGGAGUCAGUACAAGGGGCUAAGGUGAACGCGUGGAGUUUGGCCUUUUGGCCGGGCCGUUGGUACUGUGCCAGCGCGGGUCUGGCCGUUCGGCAGGUGUGAUUCUGGCAGUCUGGCUAAAAGGUCAGAUUCCUUCAAUAAUUUUUACACAAAUUUGUGUCUUUAUGGAGGUUCAACAGAUCCCCAAUUUAUGAAAUCUGCCCCCAAUCGGUCACUGCACCUUUAACCACUACCCUACAAUAAACUAUUAAUCCCAGUUCUCAAACAAAAAAACUAGUUUUCAACAUAAACCUGUUUUAUUAAUUAUAAAACAAUGUUCUAAAAACACAAGAAUAUUUAGUAAAUUUUAUGUACAACAAAAGAAAAUCCAUCUUUGCCUUAAAGUUCUUGAAGUUUGCUGUGGAGACAUAAGAUGAUCGUGUAAGAAUGUUAUUAGUUUGUUUUUAAAUAGAGCAAAUCUACAAAAACAUCCCAACCUGUCCUCAAUAGUUUUGCUGGAUGGAUAAUACACUUUAAAUGUAAAACCGCU